AUGUUGGCUUAUGUCCCUGCAAGAAGUUGCCAUGUCCAACUUACAAAUGAGUCUGGAAAAUUUUCUCCUCCAGUGUUUUAUGGAAAUAUGGAUACCUAUCUCUGGUGCAACUGGACUAUUUUGGCUGGUCCAGGGAAGCACAUUAUAAUUUAUAUUAAUGGCUUCCAAACAAACUUAAACUGUGAUGAGAACCAGGAUGAAAUAAUAUUUGAAGGUGUUUCUUCCACUGUCGAAAACAGUGUGGUAUAUGCUUGUUGGAAUAAAUAUACCCAUGUAUAUGCUACAGAAGCUGUAGCCGUCCAUAUUGUGUUUCUGUGGCGCAGUUUUUCACAUAUUUCUUCCAGCAAAUACUUUGAAGGAAAAUAUUAUGUUUUCGAGGACCCUGACCAUAGAAAUACCACAAGCCACCAUCAUUGUGUACUAGAACCUAUAAUGCAAAGUACACUCGCCAUCGAAAGUACAUCAAAGCCGAGGUCUGAACCAUCUAUACCUACAGUUUUGGAUAUGACGACAUAUGAACAGAACAGCACAGCAAUUCUCCCUAAAAAUGGGAAACAAAUGUCAUGGUUUCCAACAGAUAAAGCCUCUUUGACUCUAAACCAAAAGGAUCAAACAUUUCUUCCACACACUUUAGAUGUGACAAGAGCAGAAGAUCGUCUUUAUUCCUCCUUGCACUCUGCAGAAGAAAGCUCACCUAACACUAAUGAAGAAGAUGUUACAGGAGUCCUAAGUUAUGGAGAACACCAUACCAUGGCUGAAACCCCCCUACAGCAUUUUACAAACCCAAUUACAGGAUACAUUGUUAUUCCAAGUACCACAGAUAUGGCAGCAUUAGAAAGAUUUCCCUACCCUACAAAGGAUCCAGCAGAAGGCUACAACAAUACAUAUUCUACCUCAAAUAUAGAAGAAGUAGCUGUAAUUAGCAGUUUUGCAGAAUUGCAAAAUUCCUUAUUUGAGAACAUUGUGCCAUCCUUUACACUGCAGACAAUGGAUGCUUCAUAUAUUCCAGACAUCUCGAUUCUGACAUCAAAUGACGCUUCUCUUCAUUUUUUCAUUCACCCAACAGAAGAUAGCACAACUACCACAAUUGGAGAAGAACAUGGAGCAGUACACAAUAAUGGAGACCAUCUCUUAUUGGAAACAUCUUUAACGUCCUACACUUUGCAUCUUCCAGAUUUAACAUCUGUGCGAGACACCCUAGUCCUGAAAACAGAAGCGGUUUCUCUGCGUUAUUCUAUGAGUCCCAUAAAUAGCAGCAUCUCAGGGAUCAAAUCAGACCAGUUUUUAGGAAACCUUGAUUAUGGAGAACAUUUUCUAGUGGAGGGUAUUUUACCUUCCAUUACACUGAAAGACCUAGCUUCAAGCCGCAGUGCAGAAGAAAUUCUAGAAUUCACACAUAAUGGUGAACAGGCAUCAAGUGGAACCAGUUCAACCCCCCUUACAACGUACAUAGAGGAAGAAAUUUCAAAUCCAGUCACCACUGAAAGUGAUUUGGUUACAGAUAACGUGGAAAGUAGCUUAACCCCAGCAUUCCUGUCAGACGAUGAUAUUGUUAAAUAUAUGCGUGGAUUACCAUUCAACUAUGUUGAAGAAGAUAAUGAAAUACUAGAUGAUUAUAUGGAAAUCUUGACCCCACCAGAUCUAUUAUCAAAUAAAACUGACCAAAAGGAUGCAACUCCCAAAUCUAUUUUGGGAACACAAAAGACUGAGCUACCAACAUCUCAAGAGUUUACAGCCAAUUCAAAAUUUUUGAAUAUGAAAAAGACUGUGUUUGGACCCAACCAUUCUCUACUGACUAAAGAAUUGUCAAAAACUCCCAUCUUAGAUGCUGUGGAACCGUCUUUUAUUGCACCAUUCAUAUUCCGCACCAAAGACAUUUUAGCAUCAAUUCCUUUUGAUAUUAUGGAAGAAGGCAAAAUAUUAAAGAAGUCUCUUGAUACUCAUGCCACAUACCCUUUGUUAGACCGAAAUCAAAUUUUAGGAAUUUUCCCUUCUAAUGUACCUUCUCCUGCUGUUCAUGUUUUUAACACAAUGGACACAAAAGAUAUUGAUCCAAUGCAAAAAGUCAAUAUGAUUAUUUCAGAUAAAGUUUUAGAUGAAGCCGAGCAAGUCAACCCCUCUCAGAUAGACACACAACCAAGAGACGGCAGAUACAACUUUUUGGACAGUUCGAUAUCUACCUCCAGAGUGAUCAUCGAAGAGCAGGAAAGAAGCACUUACUCCUAUCGAUCAUCUGAUUCCAAUCAAUUCAUACUUGAAGCAGAACAGCCUAGUAGUUGUUUUUGUCUUUAUUUUUUCCCAUUUGUAUUGUCCUGGGCAUAAAUCGCUUUGAGCAAAGUACUGAGAAAUCUGCUACGUUCUUAGCUUAGAUAUCAAUGUUAUAAGUCAUUAUCUGUUGAUAAUCAUCUCAUGGGGAGGCUUUUGUGUUCUACAGUCUGAAUAAAAAAAAUAUAUAUUUUUAUUUUUUUAUGGAUUAUAUUUCAUUGUAUUACAUAGAGACAGGUUAAAAAAUGAGAAGUAUAUGAUUAGUUCAAUAACAUUCUUAUACUUGCUGUAUAGUAACCAAUCUUGCAACCUGUCAAAUCAUGGCUACAAAUAAAUGUACUUCUUUUCUACUUAGAUAAGGAGGAAACAACCACAUACACUGAAAAUAAAAUAGACUUGGGUAUUCCACAUCCUCCUGGAGGUAAAUUUAUGUUUUUAAUUAUUAUUAUUAUUAUUUUCUUUCUUUCUUUUUUGUUGUUGUUGUUGUUGAAUUUGUGACCACAAUGAAGAUAACACAGUAGAGGAAUCCCAUGGACUGUAAGGAAGGGGAAACAUGACUGCUGCCCCAGGGCCAUCUUUAACGUGGGGCAAAGGGCCUAGUUACUAUUGUGGGAACCAAAGCAGCUGCCCCAUGGGCCCCGCUGCCCUAAACAAUUUUUUUUUUCCCCAAUGGGGCCACCGGCCCGCACAUUAAGGAGGUCACCGGUUGGGUAUUUGUAAGCAGGGGCCCGGUCACACGCUGUAACAAAAAAAGGGGAGUAGGGGGCACACACGGAACAUGCAUUUCACACUGGUGCUGCUACACACUAUGGCCAUAUGUUGAAACUGAAUCCCCAUAUUUGUUUGCUAAGAAAGGUGAUUUUAAGUAGACUUGUAAAAUUUUAAAUGUAUUUUUGUGUGUGCGCUGUCUUAACUUACAGUUAAAUAAUGAAUAUAGACUUAAUUUGCAGUCUCUCUCGCUUUAAUUUGAGGGUAUUCACGUUUAAUUUAAGACCAGGAAAUAAGGGGACUGUGUGUGAAAAUGGUUGAAAUUCCUAAAUGUUUCAUACAAUAUUUUUCUUCAACCCCUUGAAUUAAAGCUGAAAGUCUGCGCUUCAACUGCAUCUCAGUUGUUUAAUUUCAAAUCCAUUGUGGUGGCGUACAGAGCCAAAAUUGUGAAAAUUAUGUCGGUAUCCAAAUAUUUCCAGAUCUAUCUGUAAUAUAAUCAGACGUAUGUAGAUUUUAUUAAAAAUGUCAAAUAUUUUCUCCUUGCUUCAAAAAAAGUCAUUUUUCUUCUUGAGUUAUGGUAAAUAUUUGAAAGCAGACGAUUUUGCUGUAACUUCAUCCAGACUCUAGGAUGGUCUCUCAGCUCUGAUGUGUGGCAUAAAAAAGCCCACAUGUGUGAUUCUAGUAUGUUUUAAUAUUAGCGUGCAAGCCAGGGUGUUUAUAUGCAUUAUGAAUAGUAUUUAUUUAAUUAUUUUAUAAUAAUUCAUAUUUUAUGUGUAAAUUCUACUGUGAGUCGUCAAUAUUUAAACAAGGUGAGUCACUUCUCACUCACAAAACCAAACAAACUGAAAUUGUGUUUUGUACAAUCACUGACAAAUGAAGUUUUCCUUCCCACCAAUCAUAGCCAUGACUUGGCAGAUAGCAGACCAGAUCUCUGGGGAAAAAUAGUGAGUAAACCUUGGAUAAUUAUAGAUGAUUUAUUAAACCAGCCAACAAGAAAAUAUCCAUUAAAUUGAAUAAUGCAGUAUUCGCAUUUAUAGAUGCAUCAUUAAUAAUAUCGGCCGGAAAAUGUCCAAUGAGAAUAGCUGUAAUGUUAGCAUCAAUACCUUUAAAAUAAACUGCAGCAAAAUAAAAUACGGAGUUUAUGAAAAUAGGUGAAAGUUAAGAUCACGUUCUGUUAAAAAAAAAUAUAUAUAUAUUUUCAAACAUUUAAUUAUUUUUCUUUUUUUCCUCUCAUUUUAAACAGAUCGUCUUUUUGCAAUUUCUGUUGAAUUGGAACACAAAGGAAUACUUUCGGAUGAACUAGAAUCUAAGAUUAUUGAAUCCACUACUCAGAAAGUAAGAGAAGAAAUGUACUUAUUUCCUUCCCAAUACAUAUUUAAUUAGUACAUGAGUCAAUAACGUGAGUCAUUUCUUCUUUCUCUUUAAAGAUUCAAGAGAAGAUGGUCUACCUCCCAAUUACAGACAGCUCACUGUUGUUAAAGAAACUAAAGAGGCAAGUUACUAAUAUAUGUAGUAUGUGAUUUAUUUAUUUUUUUAAAUCUCUCAAAGGAAAUCUUUGUGUGUAUUUUGGUAGAUAUUACCUUAAACUAGACAUUGUUUUGAUUGUUUGGUUUCUUGUAAUAUAUAUGUUUUAGCACUCAAUUUAUUUAACUGUCUAACUGUUAAACUACUAGAAAUUAGUCGGUCAUUAGUGGCCAUUAAGAACCAUCGAAUUACUAAUAUACACAACUUAACAUAUCUCAUUUAAAAGGCCAAACUGGAGGAUAAUAUAUAUUAAAAAAAAUGUAUUCAAUACUAUAAAAAAAAAAUAUUAAUUAAUAAAUGUGUAUAUAUAACAGGAAUAUAUGUUAUUUUGGGCAGUCACAUAAUUACUACAAUUCAAUGAAAUGCACAUUGAAAGUAAAUAAAUUCAGUGUUUACCUUUAUAGGAACCUGCUAGUAAACAUAUGAAUGACCCCGUGCAUUAACGAUUAUGGACUAUAGAGAUGUUUCACAGCAGGCCAAUAUAGAGGUAAAUACUGAGUUUAUUAAAAGGACAUGCCAGUCUGGAAUUGAACCAUUAUUUUUUUGUAUGUAUUGUAUAGAUCAGAAGUAGGCAACCUUUGGCACUCCAGAUGUCCCAUUAUUUAAUGUGGCUCAUACGAUGGUAUCCGUGCCUAAUUCCUCUGUCUAUAUAUUUACAGGCCUGAAGAGAACCGUGUAACAUUGAUAUACUGGUUGUAUUUAAAAAAUAGAGGGAGAGGAAGUGACAUUGCCAACCUUCUAGAAAUCCAAUUAAAUGAUCUUACAAACACUUCCUUGGGGGCACUGAAUGGAACACUGUUAUCGUUUUCUGUUGAAGGUAAAUAUUUUUACUUCCCAUGAUCCUUUGCACACCUAAGUGAAAAUGUAUUUUUAUUUACAAAGUACAUUAAGUAGGGUUCACGUUUAGUGAGUAACCAGUGAAAAUACUUAUACAAAUAUACAUACACGUGAAGUGUGAAUUUUGGAGAAAUAUAUUUUUUUUCCAAAUUGACUAUUUUGGCCUAAAAUUUGAAAUUCUCUUUGAAAUCAUUUUAGUAAUCCUAUAAGUAUUGCCACGUGAAGUAUUAUGGGUGAAUACAUUUUAAGAUAUGGGAUGAUAUCUAGAUUCCUAUAUUCAAAUACAAUCACAGCAUUACUAGAAUACACCAAGUACCAUAACCACUGCAGCCCAAUUUUGUGGCCCAAUUUAACCUUAUGGAUCCUAUUGUUUUGUUUUGCAUGUGAAUAAAGUCCAAUCAGCACCCUUAAAUUGUUCUUUUACCUUCUUUAAAGAUGUGAAUGAAUGCCAUACUGGAAUCCAGCAAUGCGAUGUCCACGCUUAUUGUCUAGAUGAGUUUGGUACAUAUUCCUGUCAGUGUAUGAAUGGGUAUAAGGACCAAUCUCCUGCAUCCCCAGGGACUGUGUGUAUCUCGGCACAGCUCACAGGUACUCCCACUUAUUUAGAAUGAAGCACUUUUUUGUUCACUCUGACUAUGAUAUAAUGAUGUCACUCAUGCUGAUUGAGUUAGUAAAGAUGCUUUCACUGCAGUUACAAUCCAAUCACUUCCAUCUUGUUCCAUACUCGAAUUCUAAUACAAGUGUUACACAUUUCACACUAACAUGCACUUACAGGAUUAUUCACUAAAGUGAGAAUUGCUAGGAAUUCAAAGUGAAUUUCAAAUUGAGAGCUAAACUAACCAAACUAAAAAAAAAUCUAAGUCUGCUAAGCUUCCAGUCUGACUUCUUUUGGCCUUCAAUGGAUGCUAUAGUGCAAGGAAUACAAAGCUGUAUUCCUGGCACUAGAGGUCCCUCGCGCCCCCUGCCACGGUGAAUAAAGGGUUAAAAACACUUUAUUUCCUUACCCGAUCCCAGCACUGAUGUCCAUAGGUGCAGGGUUACGGCUCUGCCCCCUCGGACGUACCUUGACGAGCAGGCGCUAAUGCACAUGUGUGGCGAGUGCCGUGCUGGCAUUAAGCCUCCCCAUGGGAAAGCCUUGAAUCAAUGCUUUCCUAUGGGGAAAUAGCUGAUGCUGGACGUCUUCAUGCAGAGUGUGAGGAUGUCCAGCGUCAGUGGACCAAAAGUCUGUUAACAUCCAGGAGUUGAGAUAGUCUGGGUGCCUAUAUUGUCCCUUUAAAUUCACUUGAAAUUCACUUUGGAUUUCUAACAAUUCCUACUACAGUUAAAGUCUUUUGUGAAAUAUAGUGAUGCAAAACUUAUAUAAAUGACCAAUUGGCCAGUCCAGGCCUGAAAUAGGCCCUCUACAGCAAACGUUUGACACCUCGGAACUAGAUGUUCAUACACCUGCACUGGAUAGUAUACUCUGAACAAGUGAAAGAUUAGCAGUGUAUUGCCAUGAAAGUACUUUGCAAAAAUACAAAUACAUAUGUUUCAUAGUGACCUGGUCCCCAUGUCUGAAAAUGGUACCUGCUGUCAACUCAACAACAAAAACAUUUUUCGUACAUUUCCUUUUACAAUGUUGCAAUAGGAAAGUUACAGAAUAGGGACACAGACACGUAGAAAUUGGACAUAACAGGGCAAUAUUUCCCAGCGAUGCCAAGACAAUUGAAUUGCAAGUAAAGAAGGGUUCAUACAUUAUCAUGUAAACACAUUGGAUUCAACGGAUGCUCUGUCUGAAGGAUUUCACACCCUGACCAUAUUUAUCUAGAAUUAAGCAUCAAAUAAUGUGGUUCAAUUUUGGGAUAUCUAGGGGUCACUUGUGCAAUUGUAUUUAUGAAAUUAUAUAGUACCAAGCAAAGCAUACAUUUUUCUUAAUGCUGGUUAAGAUUGACUAGGGGGUAGGAAACCUUUGGCACUCCAGAUACUGUGGGCUAAAUAUAAUGCUCUUACAGCCAUAAUGAUGGCAAAGCAAUAGGGGCGAUGUACUCCACAAAAUCAGGAGUGCUCAAGGCUGCCUAACGCUGACCUAGACUAAUCUGUUUAAAAACACUCUUUUUAAUAAGUAGAACAUAAAAAUAUUUCAAUUAAACUAAAUCUUGAAAAAACAUAUGAUUUGGACACAGAGAUUCAUUCACUAGACAUGAACUUGUAGCUAAUUGGAAUCUGAAUUGCAUUAUUUAGACCAAAAUAACUGAUCUGGAAAAAAAUAUAUCUCUGCUAUAGUCACAGAUUUGGCAAAUUUUAGCCCCAGUUUGUCAUUCAGGUUUUAUCUCGAUACAUUUGGAGUUUAGUGAAUAACCCUAACGUUCCUUAAUAAGUUAUUCUAUCUAUUUGUUUUUUAUGUUUUAAAAUAUAUAUUAUGUUUUAUUGCAGGCUUUCAUAUCUUGUACGAUAACCUAGAGAUCCUGAUCGGGUCUAUUCUGGCCGUCGUAGCUAUUUUGUUGGUCACUGUGAUUGUGUUAUGUGUGCUGCUAAAAGCAAAACACAUCAAGGGAAACUUUAACCUCCAAGACUGCACCAUGGCUCCAUCAAGUUCCCAUCAGAAAUCCUCACUCCCCCAGCAGAGUGAUUCUAGCUUGAACCUAUCAAAACCCACAGGCUGCCUUCCAUCUCGACAUUCAGCCGAGCACGGUCCUACACUGGAGGCAUCCAGCAUGCUCGAACUGACGAGGAUCUCUGUCGAGCAAACUGCGUGUUAAUAGUGGCAAAACUGUUAUCGCAAUAUCUAUCAACAAAUGAUAUGGUCUAUACAAAACACUGGUGAAAGCAAGUAUUUAAUAAAAUAUGUAUGAUAUAAUAUGCACCAUGACAGUAUGGCACAGAAUAUGAAUAAAACCUAAAUAUGUAAAUAAAAUCCCAC